CUCCCCGCUGGGGUUUCUAAUGGAAUUCUCUCUCCCUGAAGUCCAAUCAUUUCCUGCGAGACAAAAAGAGCUCUCAUACACACCAACGAAUCUCAAUCCCAAUCCCCCAAACUUCACCGGAAAAUUCCUUUUUCUCCCCUAGAUUCCCUUCCUCCCCGGCCAACCCUCAAUUUCUCUUCCCCCAUUUUCAACGCCUGAAACAUACUCUUUACCACUUCGGAGCUGCCCCGCUUCGUUAAUUGAUCACUUUCCGAUCCUGACUUCUCCGGUUCUGUCGGUCUCUUCGUCCCUAUACGUGUUUCUGGAUUGAAGUAUGAGUGCUCCUAGGUCUUCCGGAGGUUGUGUAUCUGUUGUCUUACCAUCUCUCCGUUCGGAUUCUGUGGUCUAAUCUCAAGUUUGGGGUCAGUAUAAUUAUGUAUCACGCAAAGAAGUUUCCCCCGGGCACUGUCGUCCCAAAUAAAGCUCAAGGUGGUGCUGAGCAGCUUGCAAGUAUACCGGAUUUGAGUGUACCUGCAGUAAAAAAUGCCACACCUGUGGGAGGAAGUGGAAAACAACGAUUAAGGUGGACGUCAGAUCUUCAUGACCGGUUUGUGGAUGCCAUUACGCAACUGGGUGGACCAGAUAGGGCGACUCCAAAAGGUGUUCUGAGGGUUAUGGGCGUACCUGGACUCACAAUUUAUCAUGUGAAAAGCCAUUUACAGAAAUACCGCCUUGCAAAGUACCUGCCGGAGUCUUCGGCUGAUGAGUCUAAGGAUGAGAAAAGGAAUUCUGGAGACACUGUAUCUGGCACAGAUUCUUCCCCGGGAUUGCAAAUCAGUGAUGCUCUGAGGAUGCAGAUGGAGGUUCAGAAACGUCUCCAUGAACAGCUAGAGGUUCAAAAGCAGUUACAAAUGAGGAUUGAAGCACAGGGUAAAUACUUGCAGAAGAUCAUAGAGGAGCAGCAGAAACUAGGUAAUACCUUGAGAGCUUCGGAAACAAUACCAUCUUCAAAAGACGAGCAAGAUCCUUCGCAGUCAGAACCUUCAGGUGAUGCCUCAGCAGAGACACAGUCCCCGUUGAAGAAACAGAGAAUUAAUGAUGGCUUCGAGAAUGUCAUCAGGACCCUCCCAGCUGCCAACAAAGAUUGCACAGAAGAUUGAUUUCAUUGUCAGUGAUUUAGAGUUCGUUCAGAAGCUGGAUUCAAAAAGGAUGGAAAAGGGGGGGGGUUAGUAUGGAGUAGGUCCCAUUUGCAACUCAACACUGGGUUUGUCAUACCUGUUGUAUUUUUAUGGUAGAAGAUACAAAACAAAAAACAUGCUUAUGUACGCAAUCCACUUGUAUAUAUGUUGUAGGUGUAACUGGUAAUAGUCAAUCCAUUCUUCUCCUGUUGUAGCUGGUGAGAGUUGGGAAAACUGCUCUCACGCGCAAUAGGAAUGCAUCGACAUUUGACAGUGAUCGUGCAUGCGGCUGCUGAAUUGUUGGAGGCAGGAUGCUUAAUAAUUGUUCUGUUAAUUUGCUGCACUUGGCAAUAUCAAAAGGACAGCGACGGCGAGAUUAACGUUUUUCAUAGGUAAUGAUAUGUAUAAGGGGGAAGCUAUUGCCUUUUAAUCGGGGGAAAAACAAUGACGAAGUUAAGAAGAGACACGUCUGGUGAGAUUGUUGUGGAUUUAGUAGAGUGAAAAGGUGAACAAUGGGGUGUUGUCUUGCAUGCUAGUAGGGCCACAAGUAUAGCCGUAUCUGGUGUCAAAUUUUAUUAAAAGAUGGAUCAUACCUUCAUUUCCUUUAUGAAUA